AUGGACGUGUGGGGCCCAGCCCGCGUCCGUGGACAGGGUCACGAGCGUUACUUCCUGCUGGUCGUUGACGACUACUCGCGUUACACCACAGUCUUCCCCUUGCGCAGCAAGGGUGAAGUCCCUGAGGUGUUGAUCGACUGGAUCCGCGGUGCUCGUCGCCAGCUCAGUGAGAGUUUCGGUUCAGACCUUCCUGUUCUGCGUCUGCACUCGGACAGAGGUGGGGAGUUUUCCUCCGACCUCCUGAGGGCCUUCUGUCGUUCGGAGGGCAUCCGCCAGACGUUCACGCUUCCGGCCUCCCCGCAGCAAAAUGGGAUUGCUGAGCGCCGCAUUGGCAUGGUCAUGGACGUCGCUCCGGACAAGCUGUCCUCCCGUGCCGUUCCCUGUGUCUUCCUUGGCUUCCCUCCUGACGCACCCGGGUGGCGGUUCUACCACCCCACCUCGCGUCGUGUUCUGUCCUCUCAGGACGUCACGUUUGACGAGUCGGUGUCGUACUACCGUCUCUUUCCCUACGGCACUGCCUCUCCCCCUCCCCCGCCGCUCUUCCUUGCCCCAAGUACUCCUCCGGUAGACCCCCUCCCCCCCCAGGGUCCUGCCCCCUCAGGUGUGUCCCAGGUAGACCCUGCCGAGCCGGUCGAGGUAGCUGUCGACUCAGGUGCUGCUAGGGGUGCUGAGCCUGCGGGUGCAGGGACUGGGGGUGCUGAGACUUGGGGUGCUGAGUCUGGGGGUGCUGAGUCUGGGCGUGCUGAGCCUGGGGGUGUGGAGCCUGAGGGUACUGUGUCUGGAGGUGCUGAGCCUGCGCGUGCUGAGUCUAGAGGUGCUCUAGGUGUCCCGUCGCGGCGGGAGCCCCUCUCUCCACAGCGGCUUCGUGAGUGGUACUCUCGGCGCUGUCGAGUUGCUGCUAGUGCUGGAGGUGCUACUGCUGCUGGAGAUGCUGGAGGUGCUGCUGGUGCUGGAGGUGCUGCUGGAGCUACUGGAGGUGCUGCUGGUGCUGGAGGUGCUGGUGCUACUGGCGCUACUAGAGGUGCUGCUGCUGCUGGAGCUGCUGGAGGUGCUGCUGAUGCUGGCGGUGCUGCUGGAGCUACUGGAGGUGCUGGCGCUGCUAGAGGUGCUGCUGGUGCUGGAGCUGCUGGAGGUGCUGCUGGUGCUGGUGCUGCUGGUGCUGGAGCUGCUGGAGCUGCUGGAGCUGCUGGAGGUGCUGCUGGGACUGGAGACCCUGGGGCUGAGGGUACCGGUUCUGUCUCUGCUGUUUCUGGAGGCGCUGCGCGGCCGCGGCCGUACUACGUUCCGCUCCUUCAGCAGGUUCUUGGCUCCCCGCCUUCUCCUGGUCCUCCUCCUCCUUUCCUGAGUCCACCGCCUGUCCAGUCCCAGUCGCAGUUGCAGCCGGCCUCUCCACUGCCCGGUCCUUCUCCUUACUCUGGACCGACUAGAGGUCUUACGGAGCGUCGUGAGCUUGAGUCUCGUCCUGUGUCGCCUGCGUCACGUUCUGCGUCGCCUGUCCGUACUGUUCGCGCUGGUCGUGUUUCGCGUCCGCGUCUCCAUCCUGUCCCAGGCACUCACUCUAUGACACUGCGUCCUUCUACUGCUCCACAGCGUGUCCCUCUGCCGUCUCCUCCUGCGUCCUCUCUUCCUGAUGGUCCGGACCCGGAGUCUGACUCCCUUCGGGCUGCUAGUCCUACUGUGACGCGCUUUCUGGCCACUGCUGUCACUGACCCUCUGUUUGAGUCCUCUACUGCGUCUGCUCUUAUUACUGAGCUUGUUGACUUUGCUGCAGCCUGUCGCCUAGACUACGCCACUAGUCUUGUUGCUGAGUCUGCGUCUGUGUCUGUCUGUCCUCCGUCCGUCGGGGGUGAGUGUGCUCUUGGCAUGGACGUUCUUGAGGACAGACAGGAGGAGUUUGAGUGCUUUGCUGCUUCUGUACCUCAUCUCGUGUCCAUGCUGCUGACCCCUGAGGGAGACCCGGAUGCACUAGACAUCCCUAUCAGAAAAGGAGUAACCCUGUGA